AUGGAAGGGGGGUGGCCUGCUGGGGGGGGAUUCCUCCUCUACCUCACUGUCAACUUUCUGCUUCCAGGAAAAGGUGACACUUUCACCAUCAAUUGCUCAGGCUUUGACCAGCAUGGGGUGGAUCCUGCUGCCUUCCAAGCAGUGUUUGACAGAAAGGCCUUCCGUCCAGUCAUCAACGACAGCAUCCCCACUCGUGUCAACAUCUCCUUCACCCUGUCUGCCAUCCUGGAAGUGAAUGCACAGCUCCAGCUUCUGACGUCAUUCCUGUGGAUGAAUUUGAUGUGGGACAAUGCCUUCAUCAGCUGGAACCCAGAAGAGUGUGCCAGCAUCAAUAAACUCACUGUAUCAGCUGAAAACCUGUGGCUCCCAGACAUCUUCAUUGUGGAAUCCAUGGAUGUGGAUCGAGCACCUCCAGGUCUCACUGUAUUCGUCAGCAGUGAAGGUCAAAUGACCUACGACCGGCCAGUGCGGGUGACCAGCAUCUGUAAUCUAGACAUCUUCUACUUCCCUUUCGACCAACAGAACUGCACUUUCACCUUCAGUUCCUUCCUCUAUACAGUGGACAGCAUGCUACUGGGCAUGGACAAGGAAGUGUGGGAGAUAACAGAUACAUCUCGCAACCUCAUCCAGACCCAGGGAGAGUGGGAGCUCCUGGGCAUCAACAAAGCCACCCCAAAGAUGUUGGUGGGCAGCAACCUAUAUGACCAGAUCAUGUUCUAUGUGGCCAUCAGGCGCAGGCCCAGCCUCUACAUCAUAAACCUUCUGGUGCCCAGUGGCUUUCUGGUUGCCAUUGAUGCCCUCAGCUUCUACCUGCCGGCAGAAAGUGAGACUCGUGCCCCAUUCAAGAUAACACUUCUGCUGGGCUACAACGUCUUCCUGCUCAUGAUGAAUGACUUACUCCCUGCAACUGGCACCCCUCUCAUCAGUGUCUACUUUGCCCUGUGUCUGUCCCUGAUGGUGAUCAGCCUGCUAGAAACCAUCUUCAUCAUCCACCUGUCGCACAUGGCUGCCACACAGCCCCCACCUAUGCCUUGGUGGCUCCACUCUCUGCUCCUCAACUGUGCAAGCCCAAGGAAGUGCUGCACCACUGCACCUGGGAAGGGAAAUAAGGGCUUCGGCCUCACCCUCACCCACCUGCACGGUAUGAAGAAGCCCGUGGAGUUAGUGGAGAAGGUGCCAGGUGCCAGAGGGACAGGGUUAAAUGGGUGUCCUGGGUCAACAAGGGCUCAACAGGAAGAUGAGGCUCAGAAGCAGCACUUGGUCGACCUGUGGGUGCAGUUCAGCCACAUGAUGGACACCCUGCUCUUCCGCCUCUACCUGCUCUUCACGGCCACCUCCAUCAUCACAAUCAUCGUCCUCUGGAACACCUAG